AUGAACGUCAACGUCAAUCCCAACAUGGCCAACAUGAACGCCAUGGGCGGCCCGGUCGGCGCCCCCGUCCCCAUGAUGAAUAAUGGCGCAGUCGCGCCUCAAGUCGCCGGCGGUCCACGACAGAUGCCUGUUCCCACCGAGAGCCAGCGUACCCUGCUCAAUACCUACAUCUACGAGUACUUCCUCCGCCACCAAAUGUUUGAUUGCGCCCGAACCCUCCUCAAUGGAGAUAACCAAGUAAACGUCAUGAAGGACGGCUCAAACCGGCGGAGGGACGAGAACGGCAACCUCCUGGGCAAUGGCCUCGGCGAUGACCCCAUGGACACCGACUCUAAGGAUGAUAUCGAUGCCAAGUUGCCUGACGAUCUGCCCGCCCCUAAGCUGCCCAUGCCUGCCUCAGAAUCCUCCUUCUUAUACGAGUGGUUCUGCUUAUUCUGGGACAUUUUUCAUGCGCAACGCACCAAAGGUGGCAAUGGCCCUGUCAAUCAAUACGUCAGCCACACCCAGCAAUCCCGCAUGCGACAGAACCAGCAGCAGGAGCUCCUUCGCCAGAUGCGCCCCGAUGGCUUGGCCGCUCAGCAGCAGUAUCAUUCCCAGAUGAUGCGCAACAUGCAAAACGGAGGCAUGGCCAUGAACAUGCAAAAGAACCAACUUGUGCGGACGGCCAUGGCCAACAACCAAAACAACCCCCAAGCAAUGCAGAUGCUUCAGCAUGCAAAGCAGAACCAGAUGCAACGAGACCCCUCUGACAUGGAUGGAAAUCGCCAGCGCCCUUCGUCCCCCGGUUCCGGUGAAAACGCCCCUUCGCCUUCCAAAAGACCUCGCCUAGAUGGAACGCCCAACUUCCCUAACCAACCCGGAAUGAUGCCGAACGGAAGACCACAACAGGGCAUGCCGGGCCAGCAGGUGGGGACCACCCCAAACGUAGCUCAAGCCCAGCAGAUGCUCAUCACCAACGGCAUUAACCCGGCAUCGCUGACCCAGCAGCAGUUUACGACAUUCUCAAAUCAACCACCUGCUGUCCAAGCUAAGUCCAUUGCCACAUAUGCGGCAAACCUCCAACAACAUCAAGCUAGCCAAAUGCCUAACAAGCCCAUGCCUAACGCGUCCGGCCCUCAGGGCCAGGGCUCACCCAUGAUGGCGCAAGGCCCUGAUGGGGCUGGGCUGGCUGCAUACUACAAUGCUGGGGAGAUGGGUCCCGGCGGUAUUAGGCCCGGCCCUGGCGGUGCCCAAGCCGGUGGUGGAAGUAACCACGCUCUGCAAGACUAUCAAAUGCAGCUAAUGCUUCUGGAGCAGCAGAAUAAGAAGAGACUCAUGAUGGCCCGACAGGAGCAGGAUAGCAUGGGGGGUGCCAUGCCCAGAGGAGACGGACCGGCCGGCCCAGGCGGCCCAGGCGGCCCUCCUGGCCCCAACGGGCAGCCGUUCCCAGAGACAUCUCCCCAGGGAGGUAGAACCGGAGCGUCGCCGAACCCGACGGAGCAGAUGAAGCGUGGUACGCCGCAAAUGAACAACGCCGGUAUCCCGUCGCCAUUGCCCGAGGGUGCGCAGUCCCGCGGCUCCCCCAAUCCCAUGAACUUUAUGAACAGCCAAAUGGACCCCAACAUGGCGCCUCACUUCUUCAAAGGUAUGGGCAACCAGAUGGACGGCAACAUGGUUCCCAACCCUCAGAUGAAUGGCGGCAUGCGCCCCCCAAGCUCGCAUCCUGGUCAGCAGUUCAACGGCCAGAUGAACCCGCAACAAAUGAUGGCCGCCCGGCAGCAGCAGCAGCAGCAGCAACAGCAGGCGCAACAGCAGCAGCAGCAGCCGCCCCAGCAGCAACAACAGCCCCAACAGGCUGGUCAGGGCAACCAACCAGUGCAGUGGCAGCAAGGCGGCCCGAACGGCAACCAGAUGGUGCCUCAAGGCCCCCAGGGUCCGGUUCAGGGCACGCCGCAGCAACGGUCAAUGCCGCCCCCUUCUGCGCCAACUGGUGCCAACGCCAACCGGACAAGCACAUCCUCGCCCCAACAGGCGACGGCUGCACCGCCCACUCCUUCGCAGUCCAACAAGGCUGCCCCGAAGAAGAAGGACAACAAGAACACCAAGACCAAGGUAGGCGCUGUGAAUGAGCCGACGACGUCGAUCGAAGAGCUAACCAUUGUACAGGCUGCGACCCAAAAGAAGUCCAACACAAACCUCAACAGCGGCACCACUCCAGCCGCAGACAGUGCGCAGGAUGCUGAGCCACCAACACCGGCAACCCCAAUCACCCCUGUCAACACAGUCAGCUUCAACAAGAACGGGCAAAAUGCUACUGUUCCCACAGUGCCCAAUGGUCAACAGAGUGCUCCUGCGCCAGCUCCCCCAGCUCAGGUCGCUCCCCAGACACACACGGACAACAACCAAAACGGAUCCUUCGGCAUGGACAGCUCGAACGGAAUGGUUGACUUCAAUGCCAUGACCUUUGCUGACCCCUUGGUCUCGGACAACGUGCUCAACGACUUCGAUUUCGACUCCUUCCUGCAUGAAGACGGCGACAACCAGGCCUUUGACUUCAACACUGGGUCGUUCGGCAUGGAAGGCGGCAACGAAAUUGGCGCAGACUAG